AUGCGCGUUUCCCUCAAUCAGGCGGUCGCCCAAUCUCUUUUUAGACUCUUACAGGAUCCGCGCGGACGCCAACGGUUCAUGAAAAGCGUAAGUCGGGAGGCGAAGCACUACGGUGGUAGUACUAGUACGGCGUCGACGGCUGCAAGGGAGCUGCAGAGACCCUUCUGCGAUCGAAGAUCAUCUAAAAAGGACGAUCUGAGCUUUUGCGAAUUGCGAUACGAGGGCGUGGCAGCUAUUGGCUUUGCCUUUGGUCAUCCCCAACAUUCAACGGCUAUACGAGAGGUCAACCUCAACAAGAAAAGAGCGAUGUCGGGGGCUCUGUUGGACACCCAGCGUCUUCGAGAGUCUUCCCCUGCGACACCUCCUGCGCAAGCAGCCUCAGCCCCUACGCCCAGGUUUCGAGACCCAACCUUUACUAGCUCACCAGUAGUGGUCCCAAUAAAUUUGAGGAAUGGGACGAAGACUUUUGGAGCAAGACCUGAUAAGACUAUUGAAAGGGGAAACAAAGUAGACCAUCGCAAGGACGCACAUACGAGCAGGCCAUUACAAACCAAUGGUCAACAAACAUUGCAAGCCGCUUCAAAUACGGUAGAGAAUGCCAGACCGUUGCAUUUCCACCCAAAGUCAGCCAGGUCGUCUCUCAGGACAGGAAGUCCCGUACCUGCGACUCCCCCAGGAUCCGCUUCACUCAGUCAGUCUAAUAGCUCUACAGCACCCAUCUUGCCUUCUUUUGGUGACUAUAAUUCGGGAACGCCAUCACGGAAUAAAUUGGUCAAAAGAAGCUCUUCGCAGCGAGUGUUGACAGGAGGACACAAUUUACAUUCGACAUUGAGACGACCUGCCACAAGUCACCAACGAUCGGCGACUCUGAACAGAGAACAUUUUGACGGCGAAAGUCCAAGAGAUCCUGUCCUCUAUUCAUCACCUCUACCUCAUUCCCUUCCAGUCUCAGAUGAUUUCGAAACGCAGCAAUGGCAGCCAUUCUUCAAACCUCAAACUCAACGGGCUUCCAGGACCGCUUCCUCAAGCAAAAGGAAGUCCUACUCGGGUGUCACGAGGCAGGAAGUACCUCCUACUGUGGUCCCCGACUUAACAGAACUACCGACUAUGUUACUGGCCUCCUCCAUUGGCUCCCAUUCUUCUGACGCUGACUUUGGCGGUCGACCCUCGGAUCUUUCACAGCUCAGCCGGCCGUUCACGCCAGUCAAACCAGCAAGGUCUGAUCCCUUCACACCAAAGCCUGAUAGACCACAUUCAAGCCCAAGCAUGGAGCCCCGGUCCAGGACGUCCUUCUCUUUCAGCGACAUGUUUCCAUCCCCGUCUCCCUUGACCUGGAAAAUGCCUCGCGCAGGUAGUCUUCGGAACAAGAAGCCACCUGGCAACGGAGGACGCAGGAUUGUAUCUGCCCCACACACCACCCAGGCAAAGCGGCGUGUCACUCCCACAGAAAAUAAUAAGACUUUAGGGAAUCAUACACGUAUAUACGCUUCGACUCAGUAUGAUUCAACGCCAUCCAAGUCAGUACCCCAAUCAAGUAACGCUUUUCAACGGACGCCGUCAUCACCGUUGCCGCCUUUGAAACGUCUCUCGUCCUUUCAGCUAAACUUACCUGAGACUAUUCCCUCUUAUCCAACUACCCCUGGUAGAAGAGAGUCCCCCACCAGACCGAGGGAAAUCUCUUUGACUACGCCACUAACCUCCUCUCACGGGCAAAGCCUCGAACAGGUUCGUUCUUACCAACUUUCGGGGACACACUCGGAUCAUGCAUCUACUCUCCUUGGCUCUGAUAACGAGAAUAGUCAUAUCGUCUCUAGCGACGAAGACGACUUUGACGGGCGUAGCUCGACUGUCUAUGAUUCCACAAGGACUGGAGCUACUGGCAGCAGUCUGAAUGGCAACAAAAGACCUCAUAUUGACGCUAUAUUUGAUGAAUCCCCACCACCAAAGCAUCCCAACUUAGAAGACAAAGUUUUGGAUCUGAAGCAUCUAGCAAUAGCCGAUAUUCCUGGUAAGGCACACUACCAAGUAAGACAGCAGGCAUCAACUCGUAAUGGGAUGGACGAAACAACGAGUGUUCUGAAGGUGCCAAACGAGCAGCAGAAUAUUCCUUUCAGCACAUUUAAAAACAAAAGCUCGCUGUUAGAGUAUGGGGAACUUCCAGGUCUCAACAGUAAUACUAAAAUUGGAUCCAACAGCAAAUCUGUUGACGAGUCAGCGAACAGCCAGCAGACAUCGCCGCAUAGCUCAAGACCACCGCCUCGCGCCCUCGGCAAUCCCGAAAGUGAAGCUGGUUUCAGUCCUCCCAAAGAACGGUCUCGGUCCCGCAGAAGUACUCCAAGAAGGCGAGACUCUCCAUCGGCCGGAAGCCCACGACUCAAUCCUUUCGAAUGGUCAGAACAAUCCGUUUCAGAUCGUAACAAUUCCCAACCAGAAUCUGUUAGACCAAAAACAGUGCAUGGAAGACUAGGCAAAGAUCUACGUGGUCAUCGGCCGAGCAAUCGACGUGGUCCACCUGCCCUGCAUCUGAGAAGUCAGAGUGUCCCUGUGCCCAGCGACAACCGCAACCAUAGUAGUGCAUCCAAAAUCGAUACUUGGGUUCUUGGUGGAAAUGGGCCAAGUGAAGACUGGGACGGAGAUUUUGACUUCGAAGAACCCUCUCGCUUGGCAAAGCCCAUGAACGAGAGCAUGCGACCAAGUUUAUCGUCUGGCAUGCUUGUUCCGAAAGCGAUUUUAGAGAAUCAAGCUAGUGUGCACGGACAAUUUGGGCAGGUAAAAGAGUUGACGAAGCUAGUGGAAGAAUUGAAACGGCUUCAGCAACAGGCGAAGCUCCAAGGUAUCAUGAAUGGCCAAGCGAUAGAAUUGUGGAGAGAGGCUGAAGGCAUCAUCAAUCUCGCAACACUCGACGAGGACGAACAAGAUCUCCUCCCGCCACAUUCUCCAUCCGCAGACUUCGACUUCUUUGACGAGGACUCACCCUCCAAUCGGCGACGAAGACCUAAUUCUCCUACACCUCCGACCCCGCCGCCAAAGGAUGAUAGGCCAAGUCUAUCGUCUGGAACGUCCUCCCAGAAUUUGGAGAGGAUGCCUUCAAUCCGAUCCAGCGUGACACCACCGCCUGGCUCAAGACCCCGGAAGGAGUCUUCCGCCAAGGCUAAAACUGUUUUGGAACACAUCCAUCAGCAACGCACAGAUUACGAUGGCGCUCUUCUGAAUGCCGCAAUUACACAAAGAAAGCUUCCAUUCGACACGACUUCGCUCAAGGAUCUAGUGACUCGUGCCGGUGUGGUGACUCGAGCCCUGAAAGAAGAAGUUCGACGAGCCGAGAAUCGAAGUGGAAGCCCUUUGACCGACGUUCGCACAGAUCAACGCUCCAAUACGCCACCGGACCCUCCAUUCAGCCAGACGUUGUUCAAGAAACCAUCACCUUCUUCGUCUUUUAGCAAGAGCCCACGUGUCACCCAAAGUCCGAAAAGCCAGAAAAGCCCCAAGAGCCCAAAGAGUCCUAAAAGCUCUAGAGGCUCCCACAGCAGUGUACUCAACGAUAAUGAAAUAAAAGGACACAUGAAAAUAAUGACCGUCGUAUGA